CUUCCCUAUUCGAUUAAAAAACGUCAAAUUGGAUACAAAUUAUAACAACAAUAAACACAAUGAAAUUAUUAGCAAAGAAAACUAACGUGAUAUAAAAUUUACUCAAAAUGGAAUUGUUUAGGUCGGAACUUUAUUAUAUAUUUGUACGAAACGAGUCAAGUUUAUGGUGGAAUCGCGUUACAGGCGCUUUUUCAGUUCGAUCAGCAUGGGAUCUCUCAGAUAUCGAGGACAUAGAAUGUCUUGGAAUAACGGAAGGUAUAAUAGGCAAAGUAGAACAUUCCACAAUAUAUGAACCCCGCUUAAUGAUAAUUAAAGAGAGUGUACCAGUUGGCCAAAUUUAUUUCCAUCAUACUAUUUAUAAAAUAAAAUCGAUAUGUUUCUUAAACAUGGGCGUUGCGAACCAAGAGAUGGACUUGUGUCCAUGUACAAAACAUAAUUCAAGUAGUUCAAUGCAAAGCUCAAAUAAAACAGCUAAUAAAAAGAUGGGUAGUCGCUUGUUUGAAAAUUCUGCAUUCCUGAAUAAGACUGUGGGUGCUGUGAAGAAUGUGAGCAACACUAUAAAGACCACUACACAACAUGCGGCUACACAGGUAAAACAAACAGUCAAAAAGCAACGGGAUCCAAAACUAGCUGAGCGCUUUGAGAAACGUCUAACCGAUGAAUUACAUAACAUAUUCGAUGACGCCGAAAGUUUUUACUAUUCUCGUACCUUAGAUAUUACUAACAGUCUGCAGCGACAGUAUGAAAUCGAGAAAAUUCUGGAAAGUGAGGAAUGUGAAGGGAAAACAGUAACAGAUAUCACGAGGUGGUGGAAGCAUGUCGAUGAUAGAUUCUUCUGGAAUAAACACAUGUUGAAGGAUAUCAUCGCUUUGGAUAGUCCACAAUGUGAUGAAUGGAUCCUACCGGUAAUUCAAGGUUAUGUGCACUUAGCACAGAUCGCUGUGGACGCAGACAGCAACCCUCUCAAUGUUGAAUCUCUGGCUAGUGGGAACACAUGUGAUGAUACUUUCACAUUAGGUCUUAUAUCUAGACGUUCUAGGUAUCAAGCUGGAACUAGGUACAACCGUCGUGGCAUCGAGCCCGGAGGCAAAGUGGCGAAUUACGUGGAAACAGAACAAAUAGUGUCCAUUAUAUGUACGGACAGCAUUCAUAGGGCAUCCUUCCUGCAGGUACGUGGAUCUGUACCAAUAUUUUGGAGUCAACCGGAAUAUAAGUUUCGACCACCACCACGACUUGAUAGAGGUGAGGAAGAAACGCAUACAGCAUUUAAGAAGCAUUUCGAAGAAGAAUUGAAGAUUUAUAAACAAGUGUGCAUCGUGAAUCUGGUGGAGCAGCAGGGAAGAGAACGUGUUAUCUGGGAGGCGUACGGCAAUCAUGUCCUCAAGUUCAACAGCCCUGAUGUUAUAUACGCCACAUUUGAUUUCCAUGAAUACUGUCGCGGCAUGCAUUACGAGAAUGUAAGUAUUCUCAUCAAUGCAAUUGCGGAUAUAAUAGGCGAGAUGAGGUUCUGUUGGCGCGACGACCGCGGCCUCAUCUGCACUCAGGACGGCGUCUUCAGGGUUAACUGCAUCGAUUGUCUCGACAGGACUAAUGUGGUACAGACAGCGAUAGCUAAGUACGUGCUGGAGCUGCAGCUGUGCAGGCUGGGGUUAGGCACGCCGGGGUGCGGGCUGCCGGCGCCGCUGCGACACGCCUUCCUCACAAUGUGGGCGGACAAUGGCGACGUCGUCUCGCGACAGUAUGCCGGCACUAAAGCACUCAAGGGUGAUUAUACUCGCACGGGCGAAAGAAAAUUCACUGGAAUGAUGAAAGAUGGCGUCGCAUCAGCUAACAGGUACUACUUGUCGACGUUCAAGGACGCUCUCCGGCAGGUGGCUAUCGACGUGAUGACAGGAGAGUCUCGCAGCAUACCGGAGCAGCUGAUCGUGCCUGAAUGCAGUCGCUGCACCAAUGUCAAGGUUCUUAUGCUUAAUGAACAAACAGAACCGGACACAGCGGCGAUGGCGCAGCACGUGAAGUCCCUUAUCGACGAUUGCAAGAAACUGUUGGUGGAUACGGAACCAGUGCUAGGCUCCUGGGGUCUUAUAGAUGCUGACCCACAUACCGGCGACCCGCACGAGACAGAGAUGGAUAGCGUGAUGGUGUUAACAAGCGAUGCGUACUACGUGACGGAUUAUGACGAGACGUCUGACCGCUUGUUGUCAGUGCAGCGCGUGCCGCUCGCUGACGUCACGCUGCUCGAGCUCGGCACUCUCGACACUAAUCCUACGAUAUUCGGUGUUGGACGCAAAAGCAACACAGAGCCGGUUGUUUGUAUUCGUAUAAGUUACAAGUAUAACGGUGAGCCGGGAUACUUCCACAUGUUCCGGUCUACAUCGCUACGUUUCUUCAAUAAUAUGGCGGUUGUCAUCAAUACAAGAGAUGAAAUGAUCGAAUCGUUACAUUCAAUCUGCGAGUCAGUGAUGGUAGCUCGUGACGUCGCUAAGCUGCCUCCUGUUCCAUUCCAUGAUGGAGUCAAACUGGAGAAGAGGAAAUCCAAGAUACACGGCGCGUCAUCAGGCGGGGCUAGAUCUGCGCUAUAUCUAGACGUAUCUCGGUUGCCCUCACUCACACGCAAUGUGAGCGAGACACAACUUGUCGCCGAUAUACGGAGCGUCGGAUCCAAAGCCUUGAACAAUAUGACUGAGCAAUUCAGUAAACUGAACAAGUUAAGUCAUUCACUUAACGCUAAAGCACGACCAAGUCUUCAGUUAAAGUUCGAUCAAGGCGCAUCACGUACUAAGAAAAUAUUCACAAUCGGACAGAAAAACGAUAAGAAGAAAGGAAGUCUCUCUGAUGGGUUAAGUUCUGAUUACUCUUCAGACGAUGAAAACAGAACGAACAUAUUUGAACCUACAUUAGACAAUUUCGAAAAUACACAACAUUAUAUAGGUAACAAAUCAACAGAAGAGAAAAAUGAAACCGAAAACGAUUGUGAGCUUAUACAAAAUCCUUUAUAUUCUUCAAAAAUAGAACCGAAUGAAGUGAAUGAAAUCGUUCAACACGUACCAGAGACAACUGAGCGAUUACCUGUCAAAACUCCGAACAUACCAAAGAGAAAUCCUUUCGAUAUAGAAACAAAAACACCGGAGAUACAAAUUGAAGGUUUUGUAAAACCAACACCGCCUAAUACUUUGUUAUUAUCACAGAAAUUAUCUCAUAGUUCUAGUGAUAUUAAUUACGAAGAUGAUCAGACCUCACAGGAGGUCUACGUGAGGUCAAACUCACAGCACGAGAUCACUUUGAAUAUAGCUCAGUCUCAUAGCGAAUCAGCUCUAAGACAACUCAAGAAUAUAGCCAGUCCGAUGUCAAGUGCUACCAGAGAAAUGGUGUUAUCACCACUCUCGAAGCUCGCUAAAGGGGUCCAAACAUUAGGCGCCAAUUUGGACCCGAGGAAAAUUAAGGCAUCGGGUUCUGUUAAACAAAUAUCGGAACAACAAUACGAAGAGCACAAGAAACUCCAAGAGAAAUGGCACGGCUGCAACACGCGGCUCAUUGCGUUGUAAUGUUGGCAGUAUUGAGUGUUGCUAGGUGAAAAUAUUUAUUUAUUACUAAAAUAUUACUUAAAGGAAUUGUUAGCUUGUAGUUUAUACCGAUGGUUAAGUUGACAAAUGUUAUUUUAAUUUUAUUUUGACAUUGACAUUAGAUUAGUUUUAUUUAUUGACAUUCGUACGCAUUUCGAAUAAUUUAGGAAGUAUUAGAUUGAAAAUAGACAAUACCAUAGAUUUAUUAAGACAUUUAGUUCUCUUAAUUUUUUAAUUCCCGCCUUUUCAAGAUGGCGUCAUAAGUUUAAAAUUAUAAGCCAUAGUGCAUGACAUGGCAACAUAUAAAUAAUUCUAUUGGCACAAAUAUUUCUUAAAUCAGCUUCAGUUUUCGGAUUAUUUGUAAAAAAAUUAAGGUUUUUUCUGUAACUAAGUAUGUUUGAAUACAGUAUUAUAGAAAUAUCCUUAGUUAGUUUGUAUUCAUGGUAAAGUAAUUUAAAAUGGUCUAACUUUUAGUAAGUUAUUGCCACAUCUAGAAUUAAUUAUUCUAAAAAACACUAUUUAUCUUUAUAAUAAUACUAGUGUCAAAAGUACACAGAUUGCUUUGAGAAUUAUUCGUGUUCACUUCUGCGGGGGCAUUGCCGUGUCCCCAGAUAGCUUAUAUAUAAGAAACCAUCUCACAUAAUUCGAAAUCAUAACCACCUUAUUUACAGUAUUAAAAAUUAUAAUCAACGUUACCAAUAUACAUAAUUCUAGAAAAAAUUAUUCAAUGCAUAAAUAUUAAUAUAUAAUCUGCUUAUGAAAAAACUAUUAAAACCACUAUGUAUCCGUAAUUUUUUUUCUCAGUAAUGUAGUUGAAAUUUCUUUACUCAGAUUUUCUAGUAAAUUAGGUCAUUAGGUAAGACAAUUUAUGAUUGAAUUUUAUAUUAAAACUAUAGAUUUAUAGAACCAUCAUCUUUGUAAUGUUCAAAAUGGCUAUAACUUUAAAUAUUUCAUACAAUCUGACGUAUAUAUCAUAUAUUUAAAAGUGUUUCUUUAUAAAAGCACUAUUCAUAUAUACUUACUUGCGCUAAAGUAUGAACUUAGUAUUCAUUUUAGUAUUAAAGUAAUACACUUAGUAUUGUUAGGAAGAAAAUCCGAAAAUGUGGCAGUGUAUAGAAUCAACACUAGCCUCACUAAAAUGUCGACGUUUAAAUCCCCUCACUAUUCAUUCUGACACUGGACUAUGUAACGAAAGCAUUCGCGCAACAGGAUUCUAACUAAUAAUGCCUAAAAGUAUUUACAAUAAUUGAAAAUUAGCUUUUAGUAUAUAUUUCUAUUUAAAUUUUGUGUAAGCGAAAUCGUAGAAAAAUAGAUUAAAGUUGAGACCUGUCAAUUUGACAUUACCGCCAAAUUAUAGUUAAGCACCAUUGCCUCGUUAUAACCGUUAUUAGCCGUUUACCGUUAACUCUUUAUUCGAUUAAAUAUUUAUUCGCUAAAUAAACGAGUACAAAGAAAUAGUUAUCUUUAUAGAAUCGCUUUUAUAUUAAUCAAUAUUCAUUUGUAAA